GUGCGGGAGUCCCGCGCGGCGGCCAGCAGGAGAGAGUCAGCGCGGUGCGGACAAGUGCGGGCAUGUCGCCGCCAUGGAGCUGACGGCCCCCAUGGAGCUGACGGCCGUCCUGCUGCUGAGUUGCCUGUGGCAGCUGUCGCAGGCGCUGUGCGUGCUGGAGGUGGGUGUCGGCAACCUGGGCAUGUCCGUCAACUGCCGCUUCAAGAAGUCCAGCAUCGUGCGCGUGCGCAACCUGGGCGGCAUCAAGGGCUACGUCGACGUGGGACUGAGUCUCGGCGAUGAGAUGGGGUUCUCGCCCACCUUCUCUCAGACAGAAGAGCGGCGGAGAUCCACCCAGGCCAAGCGAGGCAGCAACAGCACAGCUCAGACGGGCUCCAAGCGACUGUCGACGGGCUUCGACGGCGCCUUGAAGCUGCUGCAGGCGCCCCGCUCUGAGACCACCGGAGCGGGCAGUGCUGCCACCUCGCCCGCCGCAACUGGCAGUGCUGCCACCUCGCCCGCCGCAACCGGCAGUGCUGCCACCUCGCCCGCCGCAACUGGCAGUGCUGCCACCUCGCCCGCCGCAACCGGCAGUGCUGCCACCUCGCCCGCCGCAACCGGCAGUGCUGCCACCUCGGCCGCCUUCCGCAAGGUGCUGCGAGCCGCCGGCGGACACUUCCAGGACCUGGCGGGCAUGGCGACGGCGGCGCCCGGGGUAGCUAGGCGCGCCUGGGUGCGCAAGGCGCCGCGCGAGUACUACCCGCUGGGCUACCCGGAGCUACCCGGGGACUCGACCUCCUCCUCCUCGCUGGAGCUGGCGCCGGAGAUCCGGCCGUUCCGCUGCGAGGCCCAGAAGUACCUGCCCGGGCUGUACGCCGACCGCCAGCAGGGCUGCCGGGUGUUCCACGCGUGUGUGGACUCUAGCAGCGGCAGUGUGGUUGCUCGCGCCUACGCCUGCCCGCUCUACACGCUGUUCGACCAGAGCGUGCUGCGCUGCAACUGGUGGUUCUACGUGGACUGCGGCGCGGCGGAGAAGCUCUACGACAGCAACGCGCCCAUCGCCAGCACCUACGGCCUGGUCAAGGCGCUCUUCUUCCCCAUCGAGAACGAGGCGUAGUCCUACUGGCCGCAGCGACCCUGCGAGUGUGCGCAGAGCUCCACACGCAUCGUGUCGCAUUUUCACUUAGGUACACACCCGACAGUGUCACACAUGGCUCAAUAUAACGUUGCAGAAACAUAUGUAUAAAUAAUGAUGCCACAGAAACAUUGCGUAUUUACAACGAAGUAGCAUUUAUAUGAAUCAUUGUGUUCUAAACAGUUUUAUAAAUGUUAUCAGUAAUGUUAUAGAAACGUUACCAUGUCUUAUUAAGGUAGCAUUUCUUUUCUGAAAUGUAUCUUAAGCAAUGUGUGCUAAGAGUUCCGUAGGCGUUCCUAGUAGUCGACCCCAGAACCGCGGUCCCGACUGUUUACUAGGGAUAUAUGUACACAACUACAUACUAAACUGAGACUAUAUAUCUAUAACUGUACAUAUACAUUACCUAGCUGUAGUAACAGAAAAAGUAACUUCUGUUAUGUGUGAUUGGUAUCAUUUAUAUGAAAUAAAAUCUUAAUUAUUAACUCAUUUAUGAAUAUUUUCAGUUUACACAAUAUAUUAAAUAACCAAUAGUACAAUAAUUUGCUACCAAAACACACGAAAAUGUUUAUUUGAGGUAAAUCAUGGCUUUGUUUAAGGUCAGGAAUAACAUUAAAAAUUAAUAAUUCAUAAUAUUGGACAGAAACUGGGCGAUAAAACCUUUGACGACCCUUAGGUCAAUUAUAAAGAUAAAUAUGGGUUGAGGGAGCAUGUGAAACCCAGUCGAACAUACGAACGUCCUCUGACCACAUCAUCAUACAAUGACAAUACACAGCGAGGACAGUAAAACCUGCCCCGGUGCGGAAGCAACACGUGAGCUGUCUGUGUCUGGGUCUCAGGGCAAGACUUACUGGCUAAGCUUUCCCAGGUGGCCCAUUGCAACGGGUAAAAUAUUACUAAUUUAGACUUAAAUGUUUAUUAACACGCAUUCUUCCAGGUUUUAUGGCACUUCCAGAAAUUCCAUAGAAAUGUUUAGUUUGUUGAUCACAUCUAAAUUAUAUUUCCUUUCAUCCAUGAAGAAUCAUUUUUCUCUAAAGCAGGGAUACGUGUAAAUUAGGAUGUUUAAGUUAGCAUUCUAGUUUUCUCUGAUCUACAGUAUAUAUUUUUAACUUUAGAAUAUAGACUGAUAUGAUAAUUAUUUUAUCGUUCUGAACAGUCAUAUGGAUAUUAAAGUAGUUUCUAAACGUAUUCUUACAUACAUAGAUAUACCUAAUAUCGAAAAUGAAAUUGUGAAUGUACGAGAGACGAGGAUCACAUGUAUACAAUUUUUUGAAGGUUUUUGUUACAUCGUAGUUUGGUAACGGAUCCAAGAUAUUGAAAUCUAUUUCAGUGGUUGUGUUUGAUGCAAUUAUACAUUUCUGAUUGGGGUAGUGUGUGUGACAAAAUAAAGAGCGUAAAUUUUAAAUAUUGUGAUCACUCAAAAGUUACGUCCUGUAAAAUUUGCUUUGUAGUUUUGAAUUCGUCAUUUACCCAUAGUGUUCUUUUACUGAUGUCGCAGUGUACCGGCUGAUAAAUUACUGCUUUUGAUUUAUUUAAAUCUAAUUUAUGAUAUCGUCUUUAGCGAAAACCAGAUAGUGUCUGAAACUCAUUGUGGCCUACAGAGUUAAAUGCAUAUGUGUAGGCACUAUUUGUCAAUAAAUUAUUAACUUUAAAAAAUGUUUCUCUCGCUUGGAAGUAUAACUAAAUACUGACAAGCUGAAGGUAUUUUAUAAAGUUGACUUACUCCAGUUUACCUUUUUGCCUUACAAAAGCUUGGUUUAAUGUUCCUGACUAAUUUUUCUCUCCUGUUCACCAAUUCUUCCAGUUGUGUUUGGGUUUCAAGCCCGUCUGGACUAUACUUAAUGAGGUUGGCUCAGAGACGAUCUGCCAAGUGCUAUGAGUAUUAAUUUUGCUCUAACUUUCAGUAAUUACAUAAUUACAUAAUUUAUGUCUGCUGGAAACAAUGAUCAAUGAAAAAAUAAGGCGAAAUAUAUUCGGUGUGAGACUUGUUGAAUUUUGAUACCCACGCAGAGCAAAGAGCAGUAAAACAGCCUCUACAAUACACCUAUCAGUUUUAAAACAGAAAACUUAAGAUAUUUUUAUAUUGUUUACACAAACUUUUUUUGUACAAAAUUUUUUUUAGACGAUAUUAAAAACUUGAUUUCAUGUGAUAAUAACAAUAACUUUAAAAAUUUUAAAGAUUUAGCAGUUGAAGAUAGUUUUAUUAUUAAUAACACGGUUUAAAAACAUUUAGAAUUUUCAUUUCACUUAAAUUACGAUAGAGAUUAGCCACUGAAGAUAAUUUGAUUUUAGUAAAACAUAUAGGUAUUCUAUUCAUACUAAACAUUUUUUACGGAUUAGAAUUAGAAUAUAUUGUAUAGAUUGAGAAUGUUUCUUUAUAAUGGUUAUUUUGGAGUUUAGCAGAAUAAAUAGUUCACAUUACGUGGUUUAAGAGAACGGCAAAAUUUUUGUGUGCACCAAUUGAAAUAAGUUUUUGAAUUCAGAUAAAUUCACAGCCGAACUGAGGUUGCUUGCUUACGUAACAUAAUUUUAUGUUUGUAGAUUGAAUACAAUUAUGUUUCUUAAUGCUUAUAAUAACUGUAUACAAAUGUGAAAUAUGAGUUAGUCAGCAGAAUAUGUGUAUCAAAAUCAGGAAUACGCUGUACCCAUAUAUACAUACCGUACUACACAAAGACUGCAAAGAAGGGCGAUCAAUAUAGAUAAUUCCUUUGAACGUAAUUUUGUUUGUAAAAGCAGUGCGUGCCAUGUCAGUGUUAUUGUGUGCAGUUUAAGUAAAAAAAAAAUAUGUAAUAUUGUUUAAACAAUAAUUAUUACUUGACUUUAAAUAUUCUUAUGGCUAUAUUCGUAAAAAGGGUUUUAGACUGGUUGUUAUCAAAUAAGAUUACAUAUGGUACACAUCGUAAACCUUAGAAUAUAUUAAAAAAAUUAAUACGAAUGUUUCUAAUAAAUAUUGCAUACUAAAAUCAGGUGAAUGUCUGUUCAAAAUUACGAGUACAUAAAAAAAUUUGUAUUUAAUUACAGCAAGAACAUUAUAAUGUCUCAAAUAUAUAGUUUUUAAGACAAAGUAAUGCUAAAUACAAAUAAAAAAACAUAUUGAUUUUUCGCACAAAGAAAUUAUAUAUAUAUUUUUAGAUAAUUAAGUGUAAAUUUAAAACCAAGCUUGUACUUGUAAUUUUAUUGUAAUUAAGUGACUUGUUAGUGCAAUGCAAUUUUUUUUUUGUUUUUAAAUUACAAGGACUACAGCACAUGUUAUCAGAUUUAAAUAAUUUUGUUUUAAAUAUGAGAAAUGAUUAAAUUUUAAA